AUGGCGGCUUCCCGAAGACUUCGGCUCGGCAUCAUCGGGGCUGGUGAAGUUUUCCAAGUCUGCCACGGGCCAUGUCUGAUGCUCAUGCCUCACCUUUUUCAAGUUGAAUCGAUCUGCGACUUAUCACCAAGUACCGUCGAGCAGUGCGCAGCCAAGUUCAACAUCCCUCACCAAACAACUACCCCUCAGGAGGUGAUUGAUCAUCCCAAUGUUGAGGCUGUCUUUGUUCUCACCUCUGAUGAGAGUCAUGCGCCGUUGGUGAUCGCCGCUCUCAACGCCGGGAAGAGCGUCUUCGUUGAGAAGCCCGUCUCGCUCUCUAUAGCCUCUGUGCAGUCGAUCAUCGAAGCAGAGCAGAAUGCACCAUCUGGUGCCCGAGUCUUUGUCGGUUACAUGCGCCGAUACGCGCCGAGCUUCCUGCAGGCUUUCAAGCGAGAGAUUGCCUCGAUUCCCAAGAUUCUGUACGCGCGCGUGCGUGAUUUCAGUGGUCCGAAUGCACAAUUCGUUGGUCAGAGUGGUACCUUCCCGGUGAAGAACUCUGAUUACCCAGUCACGGCAACGGAAGAGCGUGACUUGCGCCUGGAAAGCCUCUUCAGGGAAGCCUUUCCAGGCCAGGAGAUUACCGAUGAGAAGCGUAAAUUCUGCCGUUUCCUCGGCAGUCUGGGCUCACAUGAUAUCUCACUUAUGCGUGAAGCUCUUGGCUCCCCCGAGAAAGUCCUCGGAGUGUCCGCGAAUGAUCCCUUCUACAGCGCGAUCCUAAAGAUGCGCAACAAAGACGGCUCAACAUACUCGACCACCUACGAGAGUGGCAUUGACGGUGUACCCGUGUUUGAUGCGCACAUUGCUGUUUAUGGUGCCUCCAAGCGUGUAACAAUCAAGUACGACAGUCCUUAUGUCAAAGGACUGCCCAUUCAUGUGGAGGUCGAAGAGCCCAAUGAGCACGGUGAGAUUCAGAAGCGAACUAUCAUGUCAUCAUACGAAGAUGCCUAUACCGCCGAGCUCCAAGAGAUGUAUAAAUCCUUUGUCGAUGGCCGCGACAUCAAGACUUCAGUCCAGGACGCUAGGAAAGACCUGGAGAUUUACGAUCUCAUGUAUCAAGCAUGGCUAGCGAACGAGUCAUGUUGA